GUUUGGCAAGAUAGUUGUCAAUUGAAGACUCGAUCGGUCGUCUCUAGCCGCCGAUUUCGAUUUGUCUUGGUCUUUGUUUCAUAUUGCUCAGAAAUUUCUUCCAGUUGUUUGAUACGUUUAUAUAUCCUUUUGCAUUUUGAGCGCUUUCACGUAUUUUGCUGGUAAACAAGAUAGUUGACCUUUCUUUUUCGAUUUAUAGUGGACAUUUUGUUAGCGCCCUCAAGGUGUUUGAUAUACAUUGCCGGUGAAUUUUAGGGUAUAGUCGGGACUGCUUUGGUUGCCUUGGUGUGUUUGGAAGAGAUUUGAGUUUGCUGUGAAUUGAAGAAGCGCUGUGAUUUUUAUUUGUGAUGGGGGGAAAAAGUUCGAAGGGCUCGGGCCGGAGAGGAGUGGCGUCACAUGGGUCUGGUGGUUCUGGUGGUUCUUCAACAUGGAAUCAGUAUGGGCAUGCACAACCGUCGUACCCUCAGCAAAGCCCUUAUUACGCGCCUCAGCAUCCCCAUGCUCCACCGCCCUCUACUUCUUUUAAUUAUGGCUCGCAACCAUCUUUUAAUUAUGGCUCGGAGGUACCCCAGCCGCAGAGAACAUUGGAUAGAAGAUAUUCGAAGAUUGCAGAUAACUACCGGUCCUUGGAUGAGGUUACUGCUGCUCUUGCACAUGCUGGCCUAGAAUCUUCUAAUUUAAUUGUUGGUAUUGAUUUCACAAAGAGCAAUGAGUGGACAGGUGCUAGAUCAUUCAACCGACGAAGUUUACAUCACAUCGGAAAUGGUCAAAAUCCCUAUCAACGAGCAAUAUCAAUUAUUGGAAAGACUUUAUCUGCUUUUGACGAGGAUAACUUAAUUCCCUGUUUUGGAUUCGGAGAUGCAUCUACGCAUGAUCAAGAUGUCUUCAGUUUCUACCCAGAAGAGAGAUAUUGUAAUGGAUUUGAGGAAGUUCUGACACGAUACAGAGAAAUGGUCCCUGAACUGAAACUCGCAGGACCAACAUCUUUUGCACCUAUCAUUGAGAUGGCCAUUACUAUCGUCGAGCAAAGUGUUGGCCAAUACCAUGUUCUACUGAUAAUUGCUGAUGGGCAGGUGACAAGAAGUGUUGAUACUCAGUCUGGCCAACUUAGCCCACAAGAACAAAAGACGAUUAAUGCAAUUGUAAAAGCAAGUGACUAUCCUUUGUCAAUAAUAUUGGUGGGGGUUGGAGAUGGGCCUUGGGACAUGAUGAGGGAAUUUGAUGAUAACAUCCCUGCUCGAGCCUUUGAUAAUUUCCAGUUCGUGAAUUUCACGGAAAUCAUGUCAAAGAAUGUGGAUCCAUCUAGAAAAGAGACUGAAUUCGCUCUUGCAGCCCUGAUGGAGAUACCUUCUCAAUAUAAAGCUACUAUUGAGCUCGGGAUAUUAGGCAGUAGACGAAGGGGGAAUUCUCCUGACAGGGUUCCUCUUCCCCCACCUCUAUAUGGUGCAGUUUCUAGUAGCUUGAAACCGCAGCAUUCAAGCAGCUUUCAGCACUCAUCUCCUUAUGGUGGAUAUGAUCCUUCUUAUACUGGAUAUGAUGCAGCAGUUGGGACGGGAUAUGAUGCUGCAGUUGGGACAGGAUAUGAUGCUGCAGUCAGCACAGCUCCAUCAUCAAGUUCUCUCUAUGAUAAUCUGGUUUGCCCUAUUUGUCUUACUAAUCGAAAGGACAUGGCCUUUGGUUGUGGGCAUCAGACUUGUUGUGAGUGUGGAGAAGAUCUCGAAGUGUGCCCCAUUUGCCGGCGUGCAAUCGAGACUAGAAUAAGGCUCUAUUGAUUGGCUUUGCUUCACAUCUCUGAGAUUAUUAUAGCUCAUGUAUGGUUCAGGGGAAGCUGCACAAUUUAUCAUGAUUUAUUGACAGCAAUUUUGCUUUAGGGGCACCAAAGGUGAAGAGCAUUUAUCAAGUAUUACCAUUUUUCCCCCAAUUAUAAUAGACAAAUGGUUUUGGAUGAGCUACGUCAGAGAAUGGGAAGUUUUGGGAUGUGCCGGGUGGAUAUAUUACUUGCGAUAAGGCACAAGGCUGAUCCAAAGGUAUUGCAUAACUACUAGCCUGAUAGAGAUCAAGGCAAAUGGGAUGUUGUCUUUAUGAGAAGGGAGAUAAAUUGGUUGAAGUUUCCAUGAAACAUUUGGCCAUUGGAGUCUCCACUCCCAAUGCCCCCUAAGCUUGAUGGCUUUUCUAAAGCUGCUUAGUUGAGGACAGUUGCAGAUCCGGAUUUGUACCGCCUCUUCGGAGCCGAUGAUAGACUGUUAUCUGGUCCAUCCUCAUUUUUUCAUUCAUUUUUUUUUAAAAUAUUCUUUUCAGACUUUGUUUCAUAUGUUUUGGUUGUAUCCAUACUAGUGAGGAGUGCAAAACUAGAAAUCCAAGGUGAUAGGAGUAUGCUCUGAUUUGAUUUAAUUUUUAAAACAUGAACAUCAAUUUGGGAUUGUACGGAAAUAAGUGCUUUUCAUGGUGGUUGCUACUUUUAACAUCUCUGGCUUUUCGAGAGAUGAUUCCA